UCAUAAAUAGGGUAAGGGUUUUGGGAAGUGGGCCGCACACCCCUGCCCAACUUUUCUGGAAGUACCCCCGGGAUGUAUUACAGGUCUACUCGGGUUUGUAAUACAUGUAGUUGCUUUAUGGCUGCAUUUUAGUUUGAAACUUAAGCCGCAGCGUCACAUGUUGGACGAAAGCUUAUUAAUUCUAGAGCAUUGAGUUCUUGUUGCUGUUGUUGCCAGCCGGGCGACAUUAUUGGACUCAUAAAAUUGGAUUUUACAAUAAAACCGAAUUAUCAAUGUUUAACUAAGGAAGCAUAUGAAGCAUACGUUGCGUUGUCAACAAGAAUCUGGACCUAAUUUUAAAAUUGCCAAGAAAUCAAAUUUCCUGCCUGCAACCCAAGUCCAUUUUGAUAAUUCAGUGGUGCAAUUCAUAGCAUCGUAACAAACUUCAGUCGAAAUUAUGAAAUGGAAGGUAGUUGCAAGCCAUUAUUUAAGAUGGUUUUAAUGAAAAUAUCGCUAUUCACGCUAGUUCCUUAUCCACACCAAUCCACCAUCCAUACCAGUCCUUAUGUUUCGGUCCGGAUCAUUUGCGGUCCAAUUUGAGGAUCAUUUGUGGUCCAAUUUGGGGAUCCUUUGCGGUCCGGGAUCAUUUGUGGUCCAGGGAUCAUUUGCGUAUCCGUACAGAGCUGCUAUCGUUCUGCAAAACUUAAAACAUUGAAUAACAGGAUACCGAGGUUACUGUAAAUGAAACUCUUCCAAAACUGUGGGGAUGCAAAUUAAGUCGUAAGUAGUUUAAGAAUGUUGGCAGCCACUCAUCGGAAGGAUCGAUCGACUCCUUGCGCUCGGCUAAUGUCACAUUUUCGCUCAGGUUGUUUUGGUAUAUUAUUUACAGAAUGCACAUCACGAGAAUUACGAUCUUGGUUGUGAUGCUGUUCGUAUCGGUGGAAAGAUCUUCAUCUUCACCAGUACAGGUAAACAAAACCAAAGUCCUCAUCCUUGGCGCUGGACUCUCAGGAAUCAAAGCAGCAAAGACACUGCUGGACAAAGGCAUCACUGACUUUCUGAUUCUUGAAGGACAGAAUUACACUGGAGGCAGAAUACAUGCUGUGCCAUUUGCGGGUUUAAAAAUCGAGGCAGGAGCGAACUGGAUUCAGUUCACAAACGUCGAAGAUACAGCGCCGUUCGUGAAGCUGAAAGACGAGAAAAAGUUGAAUGGUAUUCUUUCUAAUUACUCUGACUUUCUCGUGAGAGACGAAGAAGGCAAUGAUAUCACUGAUUUUUCAGUUUAUGACGAAUAUCUUGACAAAGUAGACAGACACGUUGAAGAAUACCUGGAAGCAAGGAAAGAAACAGAAUUGCCAGAUAUUCCAGCUCGUGUUGGUCUCCAGUUAAUGGGAUGCAAAACUGAAAAACAACCGAUCAGGAAAGUAGUUGAAUACUUCAACUUUGAUUUCGAGUAUGGAAAGCGCCCAGAACUGACGUCUUUCUUCCAGCUGUCUGAGGGAGGAGAUGAAUUCUUUGUCUCUGACCAGCGCGGGUUUUGGUCAAUGUUUGAAGAUAUCUAUCAACCCUUGACCGACCGAAUUUUAUUGGGCAUAACCGUGACAGAAAUCAAGUAUUCUGACACAUCAUUUGAAGUUACCACAUCCAAUGGCGACAAAGUUAUCGCAGAUUACGCUCUGUGUACAUUCAGUACUGGAGUGCGACAUAGUGACUUUUAACCCACCCCUCCCUGAAUGGAAAAAGGAAGUGAUCUUUAAAAACCCGUUGACGGUUUACACGAAAAUCUUCCUGAAAUUUCCAAGCAAAUUCUGGGACGAUCACGAAUAUAUCCUGUACGCCUCUGAAGUGCGCGGUCGUUUUCCCGUGUUCCAAGACUAGGAAAGACCAGGCAUUUUACCAAAUGGAAGCAACAUUUUAUUGGUCACUGUGACGGAGGACGACGGGAGAAGGAUUUAACGACAAGCAUACAAUGAAACCAAGGCAGAGGUCAUGAAAAUGCUUAGAGAGAUUUACGGACAGGGGAUUCCUGAUGCAACAGGUAAGGAUAAGCAACUUUAACUUUAAUAUUGGGCAGCAAGAACCUCCUUUACUUGCACCCUUUUGGUAGUAGUUACAUUUCAAGGGAAGAAUUGUGUGGAAUAAAAAACAAUGGAGGCAGAAAAAUUUAUUAGCUGCUACAAAUAAGAGAGGUACAGUGUCCGAGGUAGAAUUAAGGCGUUAACCUGGCUACUACCAAACAAGUAAAGGCUUGUCUCAGAUUUGCGCGAAGCCACGCACAGCUGUUUCAGUCUAUACGCAUCGCACUCUCAAAAAUGCGCUGGGUGUCGCGCUGGGGGUAGGGGGAGUGGUCAUUUUGAAAUGCAUGGUAUUACGGAAUUAUAUAUUUGUCAUUUUUCACGAUAUGCGUUUCGGAAAAAUCUCUGAAGAAAUUUAAUUUAGUCGGUGAAGUCAUCAUCCAGCCGCGACUCACAACUUUUCCAGGGUAUUUGUGUUGUUCUUAACAUAGCGGUUUUCACUUGAUAUUCGCAUUUGCUCUGCUUUUCAUUACUUCGUUACGCGAUUGCCUUAAAAAACAAAAACUCGCGCCAUUUACUCGAUCAGAAGUGAAACGAAAACCAAUCGUGACUCGCUCGCAUACGUUUUCCCGCGCUUCGCGUCACCUACAUGUAUUUUCAUGGAAUUUUGAUUGGUUAAGUGCGUUGGUUGUCUGCUUCCCUUGUGAUUAACCAGAAUGAUUACUUUCGUUUCCGUACUCAUCCGCUUCGUUUAGAUACUCAUCCACUCUAUCCAGCAUCUCUACAGCCUGCGAGAUCGAGCAUCCGGUUUUUUCGGUUCUUGUUUGGUGCGGUGCCGAGAAAGAUCGAUUUCCGUGACGUUAAAACUUUUGUUUUAUUGUUGACCAAUAAAAUUCAUCGAUAGAAUGUGACACUCAGACGAGAACCGGCGACAAUUUUGCGUGAAAUGGGAUUGAUAGACCUACACGACUCUUGCGGUUCAUUUAAACAUUUGCCGUUAUCUUUGGGGUUUCGGUCUCUCGAUCUUUGUUUGCUUUACACGUGUUCCUGAAGGGCACUUUACGCUGUUCUUUUAGGAGGAAUGUUAAGUAGAGUGGAGUCGUUAGACUGUACCAUGGCAAAUUCUUUGGAAACCACACGAAAAGUCGAGGAGGCUUGUCGUUUCAAUUAGUAUAGGUAAUCAUACAGU